GAGGGUGGCCGGGGAAGGAGACACCCUCCCUCUCCCCCAGACAGCCCUGCCCUCGGGGGGUCACCGGGUCACCCGCUGCUUCGCGCACUUUCUGUGGUGAGGAGGAGGAGGGCGGCUGCCGGCUGCCCAUCCCUCCCACCUGCCCAGGUGCCCUCCAGGCAAAAGGAGUGCUGUGUGUCCCCGCCUAGGUCAGGCUUCGUGUUUUUGGGCAGGGCAGCAGCCAUGGCCCCGCUCAGCCUGUCCCAGCUGCUGGACGUCGCUAUCGGGACGCCCGAGAUCGGGGCCGUCAACUUCAGGGCGCUGUACAGCCUGCUGCAGGCUGUGCUGGGGCACCUGGGCGUGCAGGACCUGCCUGCCCCGGGGCACGACCAGCCCCCCAAGGCACCCCUCAGAGAAGAAGGGGCACAGGGCAGAGGCCCAGGCACGGAGCUGCUGACCCCCUCGAAGGACCCGCUGCAGGGGACCGUGAGCACCCCGCAUGAUGCCUCCAUGGCUGCCGACAUGGGACAAAUGAAAAGAAAGAUUGAAGAGAACAAGAGCAGCGUCUCCAAGGACAUAGCUCUUUCCCAGGAUCUCCUCGAGGAGAUCGGGAGGAUGAAGGCGGCGCAGUCCCGCAUUGAAGAGGACGUCCGGACGAUCCAGGAGACGCUUGGCAUGGGGAAUCUCCAGGAUGCUGCCGGCCAACUGCUGGCCCUCCGUGACCAGACAGCGUUGGACAGUGACGUGCAAAAGCUGAAGGAAAGACUGAGCCUCUACCCGGCCCCGGAGGAGGUGAGCAACAUGGUGCGCUGGGAGGUGCUGGAGGAUUGCCUGGUGGGCAGCAAAGCAGGAGAAGGAGAAGGAGGAGGAGAAGAAGAAGAAGAAGGUCGAGGUCUGUCGUUGGUGAGUGCUGGGGCAUCCCAGCUGUGGGAGCAGGACUGAGCAGGACCGCAGCCCCCAGCGCCUCCAGCUGCUGCACGCCCCGGGACCUCAGCGGAGGUUUACUCAGCACUUCUCUUCCUUGUGCAUCCUGCCGGGAGGCAGGACCUGGCACUGGCAGAGCCAGGGCAGCUCUUCGGCUGCCCCAACAGAGACCUCCUCAUCGUCUAUGCCACUGACAGCCCCCAACAGCCCCUCUGUGGGGCAAGCGAGUACCCGAAACCCUUGGAGUGGCCGCACAGCCCCCUGUCCUUGCUCAACGUUGGGCAGGACCACGGCUCCCUGCCCUCAUAGUCUCUCUGGGGCUGGUGGGUGGGAGCCGGGGACAGCGGAGGGACAUUUUGGGGUGAACCCCACCAUGAGAUGGUUUCCAAAUCCUACCUGGGGCUGCUGCUCCUGAAAUGAAGAUGCAGCCCAUUAGACUGGGAAGUGGGUCUAGUCUAGCAGCUCUGGAGUACAGAAUCCCAUUGCUGGAGAGAAAAAUGCCUUGCUGUUGUGUCAGGUGGCAUCAGCAGGGGGUUUGCUGAUCCUCUGGAUCGCUGCUAAAAUGACUCUGCAGGCACAGAUGUGGCCAAAGGAGGCUGGGGAGGGGCCGGGUGGCUGUGGGUGCUCGAGGGUCUCUGUGGGCUGGGCAGUCUCUGCCUUUGGGGUACAUGAAUUUGGCUCCAUGAGCUGGGGGGUUUGGGGACAGGGCGGGUGGCCCUUGCUGCUGCACUUCUGCCCAUAAACCUGCUCCCCUUUGCCUCCUCUUCCCAGGAUGGCAGUGCAGGUCAGGCUGUCCCCGCCGAGCCUCCCACUGCAGACAUGGACACGCCACAUGGGGCAAGCUCAGUGCUGGGACUGAAGGGACCAGGGACACAGGCUGUACCGAGGAC